GGUUUGUUUCCAGAUGUCAUUUAGGGACUCUUGACGCCAAUCUGAAGCCAAACUCUUAUGGCUUAAAAACACAGCCCUAUAAGCCUGCAUAAACAAAAGCUUGGCAAUGCAGACAUGGAAAAUGUCUGAUUCUAGUGAAUAAAAGCCAUGAUUUGUCCACGGUUGACAACUUCUGUUAGUGGUGGGCUAGAUGUGUAUUAACAUCAUAGACAGAGAUGGAUAUUAUCCUGGCUUUAUAUCCCCCCCCCCCCUUCUAUUUCUAGGCUUGGGCCCCUGAUGGUUGGGGCUUGUGUGGUCUCUAAACACUCUCCCUGCCCUGAGCGAAGCUCUCUGUACCCCAACACACACACACACACUCUCACCACUGCGAUGUCACACCUUUCCAACAGCUCAGUGCGAGAUCACAUGAAAUGGGCUGGGUUGCUCGGCUGUGAAGCGGUGCUGUCCAGUAUGGCACUCAUGCAGGCCGGCUCCAUGCCCAGCCAUAAGAAGAUGGGCUCUCAUCUGGGCCAGGGACAGAGAGAAAACAAUCACAGCCACAAUCACAACCAGGACACCCACAGCCAGCACGGCCACAUGGUGCUUCCCUCAGGAGUCAGCUGCCCACCACUGCUCAUUCGCAAGGACGGAGAGUUUCACUCUUCAAGGCUCUUGGAUGAAAAAGACAUGCGAGCCAGCCAGAACAUGCAGCCAAAGAAGAAGAACAGGAAGUCUGGACUUCCCACCAAAAUGAGAGAAAAACCCCAGGUGGAGAUUCCUGACGUUAAUGACGAUAACUCACUCAGCUCUCAAGUGCAGAAGAAUUUCAUAUGUGAGCACUGCUACAGUGCUUUCCGCAGUAGCUACCACCUCAAACGGCACAUUCUCACCCAUACGGGGGAAAAGCCAUUCGGGUGUGAUAUGUGUGACAUGAGGUUUAUUCAGCGCUACCACCUGGAAAGACAUAAGCGUGUUCACAGCGGUGAGAAGCCUUAUCAGUGUGACCGCUGCCAACAGAACUUUUCCAGAACUGACCGACCAGAUGUUCUCACACACAUGGACGUGAGCGGCUCAAAGAGCCAGUUUGUGUGCAAACGCAUGUGCGUGUGCAGAUGUAACCAGGACGGACUCUUCUGGGAUUUGAGUCUCGUUCUAAAUCACAGGGAAGGGAAAGAAGGGCCUCCUCUCUUAAAAUGUCAACAGGCUGCAGCUUAUACGCCGCAAACAUCUCCAGCUCAGAUCGACGGCCCCCGUUUUCAACGGCGGACCACGUCCAAAUUCAGUGACUAA